AUGGCAGCAUCUCACAAGCUCGAUAGGCAUGAAAAGCAUGAUAACCUCGCACGAGACGACCCCGAACACCAAGACUUCUUCGGUCCAAGGCCACCCCCAGGCUACUUUGCGCUAAGAGCUGCGACAUCGCAAAUCCUGCUGCCCUUGACAGUGUCGAACAAGUGCGGACAAGCAUUCAGGUGGCGAUGCAACAAGACAUGGGAGCCCCGCGAGCAAGGCAGCAGCACCACCGAGCAGACGUACGAAGAGCAGACCGAGUGGUCGCUGUGUCUCUCGGAUCGUGUGGUACUGCUUCGUCAAGACGAACAUCGAGGGUUUCUCUACCACAGGACGUUGCUUCCCUCGUCAAGUGCGUCCGCCGGUGACAGCAAGCAAGAGCUGGAAGCAAGUAGGGAAACGGUUCGCUUCUUGAUCGAUUACCUCAGUCUUGAUGUGCCCCUCGAGUCCCUGUAUACCGAGUGGGCCGACAAAGAUCCAGUGUUUGCCCGCUUCGCGACACGCUUCACCGGCCUCCGCAUGCUCCGACAAGAUCCCUGGGAAUGCCUUUGCGCGUUUGUGUGCAGCUCGAACAACAACAUUGCUCGUAUAGGACAAAUGGUCCAAAACCUCUGCACCCACUUCUCACCUGUGUUGCUCGAGCACUCUUAUCCGGCCCCACCACCUUCACUCAAGAAUGCUGACUCGCCCAAGUCUGAAGCCGAAGGUAGCACGACGCGAGAAGUGGAACAAGGGCAAGUCAGGAUAGCGUUUCACCCUUUCCCGCCGCCCGAAGCAUUGGCAAAGCCAGGCGUGGAACAGAAGCUGCGCGAACUCGGCUUUGGCUACCGUGCCAAGUAUCUGGCCAGGACUGCGCAGAUGUUGUGCGAGAGGCACGGCAAGGGAAAAUCAACGGGACGGCAAAGUUCGAAGGCGAAAGCCGAUCAUCUUGAUGAGACGCAUUGGCUGUACGGGAUCAAAGCUGAGGAAGACAGCAGCUCCUCCAUCAGUCAGCUGCCAAGCCCGCCGAUCUCGACAACAGACGACAUUGCAAAAGAAGAACGAGAUUCUGAACCGGUCAAGAAGCGCAGUCGACGGACGAGCUCGCGUGGCAGCCGCACCUCAACGGCUGCUUCCAGUACAUCCGAGACCCCAUCAGAGACAGAGGGAAAAACAUUCGAUUCCGUGCGAUCCUACUUGCAACACUUGCGCACCGUCUCGUACCACGAGGCGAGGCAAGAGCUGAUUCAGUUCCCAGGCGUGGGUCCCAAGGUAGCCGAUUGCAUCCUGCUCAUGUCGUUGGACCAAGCUUCGAGCAUCCCUGUCGAUCGGCACGUUUUUCAAUUCGCCGAAAAGUGGUAUCGGCUUCGAACGAAAAAGUACGAAGAGAUCGCCGACUACUUUCGCGAUCUAUGGGGCGAGUAUGCUGGGUGGGCCCACAGUGUACUUUUCACGGCGGAUCUGCGCUCGUUUGCCAACUACAAUGUUGGUGGCAGCAAGAAGGAGGAAGAGCAGCUCAAACUUCACGGUGGACAAGGGUUCUGGGGCAGCAAGUCGGAAGAGCUGGGCUAUCCGACACCGCCUCCGAGUCAGAGCGUGGUUAAGGGAGAGGCUGUCGAGCAGUUGCAAGCAGUGCAUUCGCCUCCUCGAAUCGCUAUCCCCGAUUUGGUACCUCAGUCCUUACGGCAGAGCGCGGAAGGUGGAGCGCUCGCAGAGCGGAUCAAAAGUCGACCCAAGCGGAAAAGCCGGCUCAGCUGA